UAAGUUACCAUAUAUUUCUAUGUGUUCUUAAUCCAUGUUGUGAUAACAGUUCUAUGGUGGAAUUCUUGAACACUAGGACCUGUAGGUGUAUGAUUUUGAGGGUCAACUCAACUCUAAGAUUGCAUUUCAGAGGUUUGGUGCAAGCAAAGAAGAAACAACAGCGAAGGUCAAUAUGGCUAGACCAAAGCAUAAGUUGGCAUUUCUAUAUGUGAAGUCAAGGUGGAGAAACCGGAUGAUGGAGUAGCAAAGAAUUCCAAUGACGAAUCCUACAUUCAGGGUUCAAACACCAAGUUGCUUUCGUUGACUAAUGGUAUGGGAUCUUGCUGAUGAAAAUGAUGUUAUGUAAAUAUAAGUAGUCAUUGGUAUUUGGCGGGGAGAUGUGGGUUUAUUUUUCUAU